CAGAAUUAGGAGAGAAUAGGUGAGUGUAAACCGUUAGAUUGAUUUUAGACGGCGAUGAUGUUUCUAGAGUGUUCUUGUGAUAUCUAGAAGAAACCUCUCCAUUCUCACCCGCGCGCGAAGGUUUCAGAGACGGCGAUCUCAUUGCUAUUUAUAUCUCAAUUCGAAGCCCUUGUUUGAAUUUCAAUCUGGAAGUGCUCGUUGUUUGAAGGAGCGUAGAUCGUAGAGACGAUGGCCGGCGAUGGAGUGAAGUGGGAUGGGUUGCUGAAGUGGAGCCUUGCCCACUCUGAUGGCACCAAUCCCCCUCGUAAUCUCAGUGAAGAGGAUCGGAAAUGGUUCAUGGAGGCGAUGCAGGCGCAGUCGGUGGAUGUUGUUAAGCGGAUGAAGGAGAUAACCCUAGUUAUGAAAACCCCAGAGGAUGUCUUGGAGGCGCAAGGUGUUACUCCUGCUGAUAUUCAAGAUAUGUUGGAUGAGCUUCAAGAACAUGUGGAAUCUAUUGACAUGGCCAAUGACUUGCAUUCCAUUGGUGGCUUGGUGCCUCUGUUGGGUUACUUGAAAAAUUCCAAUGCUGGCAUACGAGCAAAGGCUGCAGAAGUUGUGACCACCAUUGUACAGAACAAUCCCAAAAGCCAACAGCUUGUGAUGGAAGCUAAUGGAUUAGAACCUCUUCUAUCAAAUUUCACCUCUGAUCCUGAUGAAACUGUCCGCACAAAAUCACUGGGUGCAAUAUCCUCUUUGAUUCGGCAUAACAAACCAGGAAUUGCUGCAUUUCGCCUCGCAAAUGGUUAUGGGGCACUGAGAGAUGCAUUAGGUUCUGCAAACGCCAGAUCCCAAAGAAAGGCACUCAACCUAAUUCAAUAUCUUCUUCAAGAGAACAAUUCAGACUGCAAUAUUGUCAAAGAACUUGGAUUUCCUCGCAUUAUGAUGCAUCUUGCUUCCAGCGAAGAUUCGGAUGUCCGAGAAGCUGCUUUAGGUGGCCUUUUAGAGAUUGCUCGUGACAGGACAUCAGAAAGCAAUGCAGUGUUGGCAGAAGAAGAUAAGCUGAAGCAAGUUCUACAGGAUCGGAUCGAGGGCAUCAGCUCAAUGACACCAGAGGACUUAGGUGCUGCCAGGGAGGAGAGACAACUUGUGGACUCUCUUUGGAAUGCAUGCUACAAUGAACCAUCAUCACUUCGAGACAAGGGCCUUGUAGUCCUUCCCGGGGAAGAUACAUCCCAGCCUCCCCCUGAUGUUGCUGGCAAAUUUUUUGAGCCACCGCUUCGGGCCUGGACCGCAAAACCUCCAUCAGAAGAGAGGUCAGAUUCUGACGUUGACAAGAAGAAAACUGCUCCGCUGCUGUUAGGUGCAGGCCCUUCAGGAGGGAGCUAAAAUCCUUCCAACCAAAAUGAUUAAAGGGUAUUCUCUGCAUUCUCUUCAUUCUCAUUCUCAUGCUUGGAAUGUAACAUUUGUUUUUGCCCUUGAUUGUUCAGUUCAGUUAUCCUAGUACGUUUCUUUUUCUUUUGGUUUGUAGAAAAAAAAGAUUAUAUCAGUACUUUGGUUAGUGCUUUUGUGAACACUAGUUGUUGUGACACACUUUAAAAGGCCUAGAAGGAUUGAAGUGUCCCAUCUCCUUUGAUCCUUUUUCUUUCUCAAA